AUGCACACUUGGAAUUACACAAAUGAGCCUGACUUCAUUCUAAUGGGAUUAACAGAUUCCAAAGAGAUCCAGCUGGUCCUCUCUGUGAUGUUUCUUCUGAUAUACAUGGUCACUGUGCUGGGAAACAUGGGCAUGAUACUGAUUAUUCGUCUAGAUGUCCAACUUCACACUCCUAUGUAUUUCUUCCUAACCCACCUGUCAUUCCUUGAUCUCAGUUAUUCAACUGUCAUCACACCUAAAACUUUAGAGAAUCUGCUAACUUCCACCAAGAUUAUUUCCUUUACCAGCUGCCUUACUCAGAUGUAUGUUUUUGUCCUCUUAGCUGCUGCAGAAUGUUUCCUUCUUGCUUCAAUGGCCUAUGAUAGAUAUGUAGCGAUUUGUAACCCUCUACAAUAUCCAGUUAUCAUGUCCACAAGAGUCUGCAAGACCCUCCUUACUUGUUGCUAUAUGAUUGGAACUAUGGACUCCACUGUUAAUAUCCUUUGUAUGAGCACCAUACAUUUCUGCAGAUCCAAGGUAAUCCAUCAUUUUUUUUGUGACACAUCUCCAAUUUUAGCACUGUCUUGCAAUGACACACAUAACAUUGAAAUCAUUAUAUUCAUCUUUGCUGGUUUCACCUUAAUGGUGUCUCUUAUUACAAUAUCUGCAUCCUAUGUGUCCAUUCUCUUUACUAUUUUGAAGAUCCAUUCCACUUCAGGAAAGCACAAAGCUUUCUCUACCUGUGCCUCUCAUCUCUUGGGAGUCACUAUCUUCUAUGGGGCUUUAAUAUUUACUUAUUUGAAGCCAAGUAAGUCCUAUUCCUUGGGAAAGGAUCAAGUGGCUUCUGUUUUCUAUACUAUUGUGAUCCCCAUGCUGAAUCCACUCAUUUAUAGUCUCAGAAAUAAAGAAGUGAAAAAUGCUGUCAGCCGGGUUAUAAAGAAGUGGGGGAACUCAAGGCACUUAAAUUCACAUUGA